AUGUUCCGAAUCCUCGAGUCCCAGGCCCCUGCCCGACAGACGGCAACUGAUACAAUCAAUACGUUGAGCAGCCGAUUACAAAGUGCUACGCUUUUGGAGGACCGUAGAGCUGCUAUUUUAGGUCUUCGAAGCUUUGCGAAAGAGUUCCCCGCGUCAGUUGCCUCUGGUGCUCUGAGGGCCUUGAUUUCGUCACUUCGAAAUGAUGCGGAAGACGUCGAUACUACGAAAGUGGUCCUUGAGACCUUGUUGAUGUUAUUUGCUCCGGAGCAGAGUAGUCCGGAAGCAUCUGAAGAGCUAGCCCUGUGGCUUGCUGAUGAAUUUACCCAACGGCAAGAUAACAUCACGAUCCUCCUUGAUCUCCUAGAAUCAAGCGACUUUUACUCUAGACUAUACUCCCUUCAAUUGAUCUCUCAGAUCUCCUCUGCGAGGCCGGAGAGAACACAAGAGUGCAUUUUCACCGCGCCCCUUGGAAUUUCCAGGCUCGUUACUACACUCGGUGAUCCACGGGAGCCCAUUCGCAAUGAAUCACUACUUCUUCUAAUAGCCCUAACUCCGUCCUCCGCCGAACUACAAAAGGUUGUCGCAUUUGAAAAUGCAUUCGAUCGUAUAUUUUUCCUGAUCGAAAAUGAAGGCUCCUUGUCCCAUGGCUCAGGCACCGUGGAGGACUGCCUGUCGCUGUUAGGGAACCUUCUGUCCCUGAACGUGUCUAAUCAAUCCUAUUUUCGCGAAACUGGAUUUGUAAAGAAGUUUACAUCUCUUUUGGCUGGUGCCGUUGAAGUUCAAGGAGCUGAUGAAGAAAUAUCGGAAUGGACGCUUGAACAGCGGGACAAGAAUUUGUGGGGAACGCUGGCUAUAAUUCAAUUGUUUCUGGUAAAAGGCAGUGUUAGCACACCUAUCAACCAGAUGGCAUUUUGGCAAAGCGGAAUGAUGCAACAAGUCCUUCGAAUCGCCUUUAAUGAUGGAUUCAAUGUCGCAAUCAGAGCCAAGGCUUUGUCGACUUGCGCCUGUUUAAUUAGUGCAAACACUUCCCUGCAAGAGAACUUCGCAGACCUAGAAGUCGCUGUCAUUCCAAAUCGGCUCGAAAAUCGAACCACAAAUGGAACAUCCAUCAAUGAUGCUACAGAAAAGCUCAACGUUAUCGAAGCUCUUCUACGGGUAACACUCUUAGAAGCCCCUAUUCAGUUCUUGGAUGUCAGGCUUGCUGCUUGCUCAUGCAUACAAGCGUUCACUGAGAACCACCCAGGUAUUAGAGCGCAUUUUUUACGCAGGGCGAUAGAUGGGCAUUCGAGUGGGUCGGACCGGAUCCCAAACAUUCUCACGAUCCUUGUAAACUCUCCAGAGAACCGACGGAAUAUGGAUCCUUAUCAAAUCUGGCUUGCAUCUGUGUUGCUAUUCCACUUAAUUCAUAGUGACCCGGAGACAAAGAGUCUCGCAAUGAAAGUUACGGAAGGCGAUGAAUCAAGUGGAGAGGAGGUUAUUACUUGUGUACAAGCUAUAACAGGAAACCUGCUUACUGGAAUCCAACGAAAUGAGGAUAAACGGAUAUCGGUAGGAUACUUAAUGCUGCUCUGUGGAUGGCUCUUUGAGGAUCCGGAUGUGGUCAAUGACUUUCUCGGUGAAGGAAGUAGUAUCCAGCGUCUCAUUCAAGAAGCAAAAAAUGGCAUAUCAUCAAAAACGCUUAUCCCGGGACUUUGCGCCAUUUUACUUGGAAUUGUCUACGAAUUUUCAUCCAAAGAUUCUCCAAUCCCACGCACCACCUUGCAUCAACUUCUCCUCGGACUUGGCCGGGAGCUAUACAUUGACAAAAUUACAAGACUUAGAGAGCACGCCUUGGUUCGUGAUUUCGAGGUCUUACCUCAAACUUGUCAUGGGCAUCACGAUAGUGGUCUACCAUCCGUCUACUUUGAUAAGAUGUUCAUCGACUUCUUGAAAGACAAUUUUAGCCGCUUUGUUCGAGCAAUCGACCGAGAGCCUGGAAUCGAAGUUCCGGUCCUUGCAAAUGGCGUCCCGAAAGGUAUAUCGCGUGAUCUUGUAGACUCCCUUCGAGCCCAGGUUGAAGAUAAGAGCAAAACAAUUCAAACUAUGGAGGAAGAUAUGCUAUCUUUACGCAGAAAAUUAGAGCAGGAGCAACUGGAUCAUCGCAAAACGAGAGAAUCCCUUGAAGUUGAUCUUACUCAUAUACGCCAGACCCACGAGACGCUAGGAAAAAGCCAUGCUGAGGAAAUCCGCCGAUUGCAGGAACACUACGAGCGUUCUGGAGCUGAGUUGGUAUCCGAUCACAGCGAAAAAUUACGUACUUUAGAGAUGCGACAACAGCAAACCUGCACUGAAUAUGAGACACAGGCUUCAAAAAUACGGGAGCAGAACGAUUUGGCAGUAGCUGAAUUGACGAAAAGUAUUAAAAGGCUUGAGAAAGAUCUUGAAAAGGCGAAUAAAGACCAUGCUCAGGAUCUUAGGAAUGCCCAUGAAGAGUAUUCUUCGACAUUAGCUUACUUAGAAGCCCGAAACAAAGGAGCUGAAGAACGUGAGGAACAGAGUCGCCAGCGCGCGUCGCGCCUUGAAACCCAAUUCAAAGAUGUUAAUCUUGAGAUCAUAAAAUAUAAAACAAAACUGGAAGACAGUGAAACUGCCCGAAAGACGGUUCAGAGUGAACUUGACGACUUGUUAAUCGUGUUUGCGGAUUUAGAAGCAAAACGGAACGAAGACAAAGUAAGUCGUCACUGGGAGAAUAUUAUUGACUGGAGACUAAUUUGUAUGAAGAAACGAUUGAAAUCUCUGGGCCAGGAGGUCUCUGAUAUUGAAGAUAGCGACUCUGAUGGUGAAGUUAAUGAUGAUGAGGAUCCGGAUCCCAAGUCACAACACACCACUCGCAAUAGAGGCUCUCCGGAAAGUGUGCUAGCAAUGUCUAUUGAUUUUCCGAGCGAGGAGGAGCUCGUUCUCAAACGAUGGAAAGAAAUUGGCGCGUUUGAGCGACAGGUUGAGCUGUCUCGUGGGCGAAAACCAUAUACAUUUUACGAUGGCCCUCCGUUCGCGACUGGCCUACCGCACUAUGGCCACCUGCUGGCGUCGACAAUCAAAGACAUUAUCCCUAGAUAUUGGUCUAUGAAGGGCCAUUAUGUCGAAAGGAGGUUUGGCUGGGAUACCCACGGCGUGCCAAUUGAAUAUGAGAUAGACAAAAAGCUUAAAAUGUCCGGCUCUGAAGCUGUGGAGAAGCUGGGGCUUGCUCAAUAUAAUGCUGAGUGCAAAGCGAUUGUCAUGACAUAUGCCCAAGAAUGGAGGCAAACUAUUGACAGACUUGGGAGGUGGAUAGAUUUUGAUAAUGAUUAUAAGACCAUGGAUACUACUUUUAUGGAAACCUUGUGGUGGGUUUUAAAACAGCUUUUUGACAAGGGAGCAGUGUAUCGCGGCUAUAGAGUCAUGCCUUGCUCCACGGCCCUCAAUACACCCCUGAGUAAUUUUGAAGCAUCGCAAAAUUAUAAAGACGUUCAAGACCCGGCCGUUGUUGUCUCCUUUCCUCUUAUCGAUGACCCAAAAACAAACCUCCUGGCGUGGACGACAACCCCUUGGACCCUCCCGUCACACUUGGCGCUCGCAGCACAUCCCGACUUCGAGUAUAUUAAGCUACAUGAUGAACAGUCUGGGAAGGAUUAUAUCUUACUGGAGUCGCUACUAGGGACACUUUAUAAGAACCCCAAAAAGGCAAAAUUCAAGAUCCUGGAUCGCUUCAAGGGAUCUACGAUGGAAGGCUGGAAAUAUACACCGCCAUUUGAUUAUUUCUAUGAGAAAUUUAAAGAUGUUGGAUUUCGAGUUCUUAUGGCAACUUACGUUACGUCAGAUAGUGGCGUUGGAAUUGUUCACCAGGCCCCCGCUUUUGGUGAGGAGGAUUAUAAUGUUGCGAUGAAUGCUGGUGUGAUCAGUGAUCAAAGACUUCCGCCGAACCCGGUCGACAGCCGGGGUUGUUUCACAUCUGAAGUUCGAGACUUCGCAGGUACUUAUGUAAAGACAGCUGAUAAAGCUAUCAUUAAAUACUUGAAAGAAAAUGAUCGUUUGGUCGUGGACAGUCAGAUCACCCAUAACUACCCCUUUUGUUGGCGCUCUGAUACACCGCUGAUCUACCGAGCCGUCCCAGCGUGGUUUGUUAAAAUUGAACCUAUCAUUCCUAAAAUGCUUGCAGGAAUCGAGGAGUCGUAUUGGGUACCAUCGUUUGUCAAGGAUAAACGAUUUGCCAGUUGGAUUGCAAAUGCCAGAGAUUGGAAUAUCUCGAGAAAUCGCUAUUGGGGAACUCCUAUCCCUCUUUGGGUCAGCGAUGAUUACGAAGAAGUUGUCGCUAUUGGAAGUGUGGAUGAAUUGCGGAAUCUGAGCGGUUAUACAGGAGAAUUAACUGAUCUUCAUCGGGAUAAAAUCGACCAUAUCACCAUUCCAAGCCGCCAAGGAAAGGGAGUUCUACAUCGGGUUGAGGAAGUGUUUGACUGUUGGUUUGAAUCCGGUAGCAUGCCCUACGCCUCGCAGCAUUAUCCCUUUGAAAAUAAGGAGCAAUUUGAAAAAUCAUUCCCUGGGGAUUUCAUUGCCGAGGGCUUAGAUCAAACUCGUGGCUGGUUUUAUACUCUCACUGUGUUGGGCACCCAUCUCUUUGGAAAGCUACCUUUUAAAAAUUGUGUUGUUAAUGGAAUUGUGCUUGCUGAGGAUGGAAAAAAGAUGUCUAAGAGGUUGAAGAAUUACCCUGAUCCUAUGCUUAUAAUGGAGCGGUAUGGAUCCGACGCCCUUCGGUUGUACCUUAUCAAUUCGCCAGUGGUCCGCGCUGAACCUUUACGGUUCAAAGAAGCAGGCGUUAAAGAGGUGGUCGCAAAGGUGCUUCUGCCAUUGUGGAAUAGCUACAAAUUCUUCGACGGCCAGGUUGUUCUCCUGAAAAAAGUUGAAAAUCUUGACUAUGUCUUCGAUCCGUCUAUGGAAGCGACCAACACAAACGUUAUGGAUCGAUGGAUCUUGGCAAGCUGUCAAAGUCUCCUAAAGUUUGUUAAUGAAGAGAUGGCUGGGUAUCGGCUCUACACUGUUGUCCCUCGACUCUUGGAGCUUAUUGACAACACAACGAACUGGUAUAUCCGAUUCAAUCGUAGACGUCUUAAGGGAGAGCUCGGGUUGGAAGAUACCAAACACGCACUUAACACUUUAUUCGAGGUCAUAUACACGUUGGUUCGUGGCCUUGCACCUUUCACACCAUUCCUUACCGAUAACAUCUACCUUCGACUUCUUCCUCAUAUCCCUGAAUCUCUCCGAGCGACUGACGACCGCUCUGUUCAUUUCUUAUCCUUUCCCGAGGUAAGGGAAGAACUUUUCGAUGAAGUUGUAGAAAGACAGGUAUCACGGAUGCAGCGGGUUAUUGAGCUUGCCCGUGUCUCGCGUGAACGGCGAUCUAUUGGUCUCAAGACGCCUUUAAAGACUUUGGUAGUUGUUCAUAACGACCAGCAGUAUCUGGAUGAUGUGCGCUCCCUUGAGCAAUACAUUGUCGAGGAACUCAACGUCCGUGAUCUUGUUUUGUCGACUGAUGAGGCGAAGUAUAAUGUGCAAUAUAGUGCUACAGCUGAUUGGCCUGUAUUGGGUAAAAAGUUAAAAAAGGACGUUCAAAAAGUUAAGAAGGCUUUGCCUCAGCUCUCAAGCGACGAAAUUAAAGGGUUCAUUCUUCACAAGAAAAUACUGGUUGAUGGAAUUGAGCUUGUCCAGGGUGACUUAGUAGUCAAGCGUGGUAUUAAGGAAGAUGCGGCUUCAGCCAAUUUGGAAACGAACACUGACGAUGACGUCCUUGUCAUUCUCGAUGCUACUCUGUACCCUGAAUUGGCCCAUGAAGGCCUUACUCGGGAGAUUGUUAACCGCAUCCAGCGGCUGCGAAAGAAGGCCGGGCUAGUCCCUACUGACGAUGUGAAGAUGGAGUAUCGUGUCAUUUCCGAUCCAGAUAGUGUAGGGAUCAGUGAGGUGUUCGAAACCCAGGCCUCGGCCAUCGAAAAAGCACUACGACGACCGGUUGACAAGCAUGUUACGACUGAAAUUGAUGGAGAGGUCCCUGAUGCUGCCGAAGAGGGUAUUAUUCUGGAGGAAGUGCAAGAAGUACAGAAGGCAACAUUCCUCCUUAGACUACUGACUUUGCAGCCAGACAGCAAUGUGUCCUAG